CAUAUAAAUUACCAUGUGUUUGUCUCCCAGAUUUUACCUCUGCAGAUAAAAUCUCCUGUUUGCAAAUUUAAAGUUCGUGGUGUGGAAUGAUGUUUGCUGUGCUGGGUCCUAGAUUUGUCCCUGUCUUGUAUUCCUGAUAUCUAAAGAAAGCCUUCUAGGGUGGGGACCAUUGGUCCUUGUUGUAAGCUAUCUGUUUUGAUUUUUUUUUUAGUACUGGGUACUGAACUUGGGACCUUGUGCUUAUGAGGCAGAUGGCAAAACCACUAAGCUAAAUCCCCGGCCCAAGUUUCACAUUAUCCUUAGAUUCUGGUGCAGAGCCAAGCACAUAGUAUUCAGUAAUGAUUUAUUAAAAUGACAGAGGGCUAUCCAGAUUUCUAACACCAAGAUAAUUAUCAACAUGCCAACAGUUCCCCAGGAGCAAACAACUUACCCUAGUGCCUCUGUCCUUGGAUGACUGUUGGUACUCCACAGAAAUCUGCACUGGCCAGUUGCAUAAAAGGACCCUUGUGUAACCAGUGACUGGAUCUCAUUACUCUCAAGAAGCUAUAGAAAAUGAAGAUUAAUAGAUAAAGUAGUGGCUUAGAUUGGUGAUUCUCAAAAUUACCUGUGCAUUUGAGUCAUGUGGGGAUCUUGUGAAAUCCCAGCCCGUCCAAGGUCUUGGUGUGGGACAAACACCUAGCAGUUCCCAUGUGCAGCCAGGAGAACCAGUGGGUUAGAUAGUGGUCUCAUUUACCCUGGAAUGGCUGUCAAAGGAAAUUAGGAUGAAGUGAGGCCUGUUACGAGCUAAUUUUUAUUUUAAAUAAAAGUGAGAGAGACAUUGAGAUAAACCUUUUACAUCUUUUGAAGAGGCCUUAUGUGGUUUUGGUUUUUUAAUAAGACCCGUUGAAAAUUUAUUAGUGACCAGCAAUUUCCUGCCACCUUAGCCGUUGCUAUUUGCAGGUAACAGGAUGAACUCAGGACCUUGCACUUGUGAGUCAGGCAGCAACACCACUAAGCUACGGCCAUACCACCCUGAACGUGCCUGAUAUAUUUGCAGUGGCUGUGGAGGCAAAAAAGAAGAAUCACUAAACCUUCCGGGAGAAAUCACGAGCAUUCUCCUGUUACUUGAGAAAGUGUCACUGAGAACGAGGCAGGCAUGGAAGCUGUGGUGCCGAUUGCCAGGUCCCAGGAACUGGUGACCUUCAAAGAUGUGCUUGUGGACUUCACCAGGGAGGAGUGGAAGCUGCUGGAUGCUGCUCAGCAGAUCAUGUACAAAGAUGUGAUGUUGGAGAAUUAUAAGAACAUAGUUUCCUUGGGGAAUCAGCUUCUUAAGCCAGACAUGAUCCUGCGGCUGGAGAAAGGGGAAGAACCCUGGAUGAUGGAUAAAGGGUUUUACCAUGGGACGUAUCCAGACUCAGAGACUGCAGCUGAAAUUAAAUCAUCAGUAUCCAGAAAGACCAUUUCUAAGGAAGAACAGUCCUGUGGCAUUAAAGUGGAAAGAGUGUCAAAGAAUGAUCUUUGGCAUUUGUCACUAGAAGAUGUCUGGAAACGUGAUGACCAGUUAGGUAAAUAUCAAGAAAGCCAAGAAAGACAUAUGAGGCAAGUGGCAUUUACCCAGAAGAAAGUAUUUAUUCAAGAGAGGGCCUGUGAAAGCAGUAAAUAUGAGGAAAGCUGUCUUCUCCCUGCUCAGCUAGUACUGAGAGAGUAUUUCCAUAGACGUGGCUCACAUACUAAAAGUUUAAAACAUGAUUUACUAUUCAGUGGGCACCCGGAAAGCUGUGCAGGUAGCAGUAAUGAAUGUGGCCAAACACUCUGUCAAAACAUUCAUCUUAUUCAAUUUGCACGAACUCACAUUGGAGAUAAAUCUUACAAGUGCCCUGAUAAAGAUAGCACUCUUGCUCCUGGUGCAUCCCUUGGUACCUCAAAGGGCACACACAGAGAAAAGCCCUUUGCAUGUAAGGAAUGUGGAAAAUUCUUCAGUUGGCGCUCUAAUCUUACCAGGCACCAACUUAUUCACACUGGAGAAAAGCCCUAUGAAUGCAAAGAAUGUGGAAAAUCUUUCAGCCGGAGUUCUCAUCUCAUUGGACAUCAAAAGACUCACACUGGUGAGGAGCCGUAUGAAUGCAAAGAGUGUGGACAGUCCUUCAGCUGGUUCUCCCAUCUCAUCACCCACCAGAGAACUCACACAGGAGAUAAACUGUAUACAUGCAAUCAAUGUGGGAAAGCCUUUGUGCAUAGCUCCCGGCUUAUCCGGCAUCAGAGAACUCACACUGGAGAAAAACCCUAUGAGUGUCCUGAGUGUGGGAAGUCAUUCCGACAGAGUACACAUCUCAUUCUGCAUCAGAGAACGCAUGUCAGGGUGAGACCAUAUGAAUGUAAUGAAUGUGGGAAAUCUUACAGCCAGAGGUCUCACCUUGUUGUGCACCACAGAAUUCACACUGGACUGAAGCCUUUUGAGUGUAAAGAUUGUGGAAAAUGUUUUAGUCGAAGCUCUCAUCUUUUCUCACAUCAGAGAACCCACACCGGAGAGAAACCGUAUGAAUGUCAUGAUUGUGGGAAAUCCUUCAGCCAGAGUUCUGCCCUCAUUGUGCAUCAGAGAAUUCAUACUGGAGAGAAACCCUAUGGGUGUUGUCAGUGUGGGAAAGCCUUCAUUAGGAAGAAUGACCUCAUCAAGCACCAGAGAAUUCAUAUUGGAGUGGAGACCUAUAAAUGUAACCAGUGUGACAUUAUCUUCAGUCAGCACUCUCCAUUUAUUGUCCAUAAGGUAGCACAUACUGGGGAACAGUUCCUCAUAUGUAAUCAGUGUGGGACAGCACUGGUUAGUAGCCCCUCUCUUAUUAGAUACCAGACAAAUCAUGUGAGGAGGACUACUUACUAAUAUAAGGAAUACAGAACAUCCUUCACUAAGAGCAAUAAUUUUAUUUUAUAUUGAAGAACUUGUGGAGAGGAACUGUGCACAUGUGAUCUGUUUGGAAAUGCUUUCAAUCUUGUUACCACUGUAAUGCACACUAUUGUAUUGGCCUGGAGGAUGCACAUAUUUAUUUCAGUACAUAAAUAUAUUAGAUUUUCUUUCCACAACUUCCCAUUAAAGUAAUUGGCCUGGAUACAUUCUUGACCAAGCCUUAAAUGCUAGAUUCUGAGAAGGAACUGUUAAGUAGGCAAGUUGUUGAGAAACAGUGAGGCUUCAUAUUCAGAGAGCUAAAUGAAUAUGGCACUGUAGUCACAUUUGUUGCUGAGAAUAAAACAUCACAGUUAUUGCAAGAGAUAGUAGUAUCCCAGUGAAAUACUAUUGUUUACUUGACUGUGCUUAUCUUCUAAGCACUUAGUAGAGUUUAGUAUAUUUCUGUGUCUUAUAUAAACCUCAUGUUGGUUAGCAGCAAGGAAAACCUCAGUAAUAUAAAACCAUUCACAGGGCUGGGGAUUUAGCUCAGUGGCUCCUCGCCUGCAUCACAGGCACAAAGUCCUGAGUUUGACCCCCAGUACCAAAAAAUAAAAUAAAAUUUCACACAUAUAUACUACUACUAAUACUCACUUAAAAAUAUAUUUGCAUGUGGGCAAGAAUUGAAUAGCAAAUAGAAAAUAUAGAUAAAUGAAUCAAACUGAUUUGUUAGAUAAUGGGACUAUGAAUGAGUCUUCCAGUGUAUUUAGUAUUUUUGAGACAUUGUUAAAACAUUUGAGAAUGCUCAAAAGGGACAUCUAGUUUCUUCUACCUUCAAAGAAGCUUAAGAACCACUUGCUUUCAGACUUUCCUAUUCUAAAUUGUUUGGGGUCAUAGAGUUUCACUUUUGGGCUAGGAGGCUAAAGGCUCCUGAGAACUUGAAGAUAGUUCUCUGUAUGUGGAGAGCCAAGGGAAUGUUGGGCAUUUGGACACAUGGUGAGUUGGGGAUCCAUUUGAGACCAGGAAUCCAGGCAGUAUUUGCAGCACAUGUACUCAAGAGUUAAGCACAACAUUGCCCAAGCACAGUUUCUCCUCCUCAGCAUGGUCUUUCAUCUUUAUAAAGAAAACAAUGGCUGAGAGCACAGACCUGAAAUACUGUUUUGGUCCCUUGGUAGACAGGUGACUAUAGGCAUCUCCUGGGCUUCUCUGUCUUGAAGAUAAGCUCCUGUGCACAUUAGAGGUAAUAGUAGCACUUACAUUGCAUGAUCAUGGUCAGUGUCAAAUGAGUAAGUAUAAACAGCUUGACAUAUGCCAAAUUCUUUAUCAUUAUUAGCUGUGAUUAUUCUUGUUGCCCACCCUGAUGUCUGUCUUUUAACUGAUAUCUGCUGUGUUUAAUGAAUUCUUACUUGCUUUCUAGUGGUAUGCAUUUUCCCUUUACCUCAGUUGGAGUGUAAUUGGCAAAAUUGCUGGCAAAUGGGCAUAUAGUUGCAUAUCUGAGGAUCGUUAAAUUGUUUGUGAUACUGUAUGCAAAAUUGUUUUAUUUGUACAAGAGUCUUGCCUUGCAGGGAGAAGACCAAUCUUCAGAUUCUCUGUUAAAUCAGUGAUCCAAAAACAAUUUGAGAAGAGGAUCUUCUGUUUGGUUCUAUGAGUGAAUCUGUGUGUAAUGUGUAAGUUGUUAAAGUAGAAAUGGGGUAGUUUGUGUCAACCCUAAAAAAAA